GCAGUUGCAUCUCAGAGUCUAGGGAUGGAGGGAGCACAGAACUAAAAGCUUUCUUCCGCCUGAAUUUUUAAGGAGUGCGUGUGGGAGCUAAGUAAGCUGAUUUAUGAUAACUGCUUUAAACACUGGAAACUAAAAAGACGUGAGAACUAGGAGACGCUGACAAUUCAAUAUGAAGGACAACUUCAGUUUUGCCGCUACCAGCAAAAACAUCACCAGCAGCCUUUCUUUUGAUAGUCUCAACAUUUCUGGCACCAAUGAGUCCACCUUUAACUGCUCGCACAAACCAUCAGAUAAGCAUUUGGAAGCAAUUCCUGUUCUCUACUACAGCAUUUUUGUCAUUGGGUUUGCUGUUAAUAUUGUUGUGGUCUCACUGUUUUGUUGUCAAAAGGGCCCUAAAAAGGUUUCCAGCAUUUACAUUUUCAAUCUGGCUGUGGCUGAUUUACUCCUUUUGGCCACCCUUCCUCUCUGGGCAUCCUAUUACUCUUACAGAUAUGACUGGCUCUUUGGACCUGUGAUGUGCAAAGUGUUUGGUUCUUUUUUGACCCUGAACAUGUUUGCCAGCAUUUUUUUCAUUACCUGCAUGAGUGUUGAUAGGUACCAAUCGGUUAUCUACCCCUUUCUGUCUCAAAGAAGGAAUCCCUGGCAAGCAUCUUAUGUAGUGCCGCUUGUCUGGUGUAUGGCCUGUCUGUCCUCAUUGCCAACAUUUUAUUUCCGAGAUGUCAGAACCAUUGAAUACUUAGGCGUGAAUGCUUGUAUUAUGGCUUUCCCACCUGAGAAAUAUGCCCAGUGGUCUGCUGGGAUUGCCUUAAUGAAAAAUAUUCUUGGUUUUAUUAUUCCUUUAAUAUUCAUAGCGACGUGUUACUUUGGAAUCAGAAAACACCUGCUGAAGACCAAUAGCUAUGGGAAGAACAGAAUAACCCGUGACCAAGUCUUGAAGAUGGCAGCUGCUGUUGUGUUGGCGUUCAUCAUUUGCUGGCUUCCAUUCCAUGUUCUGACCUUCCUGGAUGCUCUGGCCUGGAUGGGUAUCAUUAAUAGCUGUGAAGUCAUAGCAGUCAUUGACCUGGCACUUCCUUUUGCCAUCCUCCUGGGAUUCACCAACAGCUGUGUUAAUCCCUUUCUGUAUUGCUUUGUUGGAAACCGCUUCCAACAGAAGCUGCGCAGUGUGUUCAGGGUUCCGAUUACUUGGCUCCAAGGCAAGAGAGAGACUAUGUCGUGCAGAAAAAGUAGUUCUCUUAGAGAAAUGGACACCUUUGUGUCUUAAAUUUGUUCAUGGGAUGCAUGUAACCAGCUUAGCUAUUGGUUUGGAAGCCCAUACAAAUAAUCUUUAAGUGGCAUCAGCAUAAUCUGUAUCUUUGCCUUGUCUAAUCUUUGCUUACUCCCCAGAACAGAAAAUCAAAUAUAACUGAAAAUUUUUAUACCCCAUCAGUUUUCUGCCUUAUUAUUCUGGUCCUUUGGCACACUAUUGUCAUGGGUGAGCUAUAUCUAUAAUAUAGAAAUAAUAGGGAGGAAAGAUCUCAACUGUAAUUGUUAAAACAUUAUGAAUAGUGAUUUGGAGUUUUAGAUUUCUCCGUGAAAAAUGCUGACAUUUCUUAGUGGAGUUUUAUGUCCAGUUUCAUCUGAUUUUUUGUUCUCCUUGAACAAGGGCCAGUUUUAACUUCUUACAUUGCUUAUUGUACAAUAUGCCGUGAGAUGUGGACACUAAGUUUAGCAUGAUAUACUUUUCUAUAUAUUCCUUAUGUUGGUAGUAGUUUAUUCAGUCUGUUGGUGUAUGGUUUCUCCUUUAAAAAAACCUGUAUGUUGUGUUUUUUUUGCCAUUUCACUUGAGCAUAGCUUUGUACUUGCUAUACAGCUACACACUGAGUAGGUCUAGGAAUGUAGAUUAAAUUAGGUGUAUUUUUUUAGCUUAGUUUUUUUUUAGCUUAGUUCUGCAGGUUUAGAAAGUACACUACUUAGGAAAAGAAAAAUGCAAUGAAAAAAUAUUUUACUAUCCAUUAAACUGAAUAUAUACUUUGAAAACUUUUAAUCCAUUUUGAUGAUUGUUUAAAGCUUUCUAUUCUCCUCUGAUGAUUUUAGAAUACAUCAACAAAACUCUGUGUAUUAUUACACUAUGUAAAGGUCACUUUUUACAUUCUUAACCUUUUGACUGUGGUGCUUUGAUAUAUUCAAUGGUGACUUGAGUUUAAUUAUUCAUGCUUUUGUUCUGGGCUGCGUCCCAAAAUAUCUCUUUGACCCUGAAAAAAGAGGAUUCUUUAAUUCCUUAACUUUGUAAUGAACUGAGAACUGGCAUAGGAAAAGGUUAUAGCAGAAUGGAAUUUUGAUGCCUUCUUAGGGGCAAAGAGAACCAACAAAUAGCAAGUUUGGUGUCCUACAAGGAACUUGUCAGAACAAAGGCAUUCCCUCCACGAAAAUGUUUGAACCUGCAUCUCUGGGCACAGUUCCAAAAUGUAUAAUAGUCUGCGAGGGUGAUUUAAAUCAAGCACAGAUCCAUAGACUUCAUUCUCAACAUGAGUACAUCUCUCACAUUAGAGGAAUAUACUGUCUGAAACUGAAUUACCUGAAGUUUACCCUAACUCGAGAAUGAAUAGUAAUUUACAAGUUUCAGAUUUCGUUUUCUGACUGUCCCAUAUUAUACCAGGCUACCUAAGACCUUCCAGGAGCAAUGCUGAACUAUGAGGGAGAUUUAAAGUUAUGGAAACUCAAUAUCUUUAUCAGAUUCCAGGCUUUUAGUUUGAAGAAUCCUCUUACACCCCUUCCUGGAAAAGCCCUGAUUUCAUGUAACCAUAUUUUUUUCAGUAAAAACAAAAAGUUAAAUGUAUAAUCAGUUACGACUUUGUGUUUUAAAUAAUUUUACACAACUUCUUAUAAAAAUAAAAUCAUUAUUGGGAGA